CUCGCAAAAAAAAUGACAUUGACAGUGAAAAUACCGAACAACCGGAACAACUCAGUACAAGUACCUUCAGUAACCAGCUCGAAGUCACGACAGCUCACGUUGCUUCUACAGCCGAGAUUUUCGCAGAAUCGUUGGAUAACCAGAAAAAGAAAAAUGAUACGUUUGGAGUUAGCGAAGAUCCAGCUCAAUGGCUUAUAAACGAUAAGACCAGAGACUGGAUAGCGAUGAACGGAGUGCAGCAAAAUAUGAAUAUCGAUUUUGCCCAAAGCCACCGCGUGUACGAAGACCGCACGCGUCAUUUAUCGAAGUCAUUGUUUGAACGGCAACUUUUGAAUGGAGAGAAAGCAAACCGAAGUUGGUUAAUUUAUUCUCCAAGCACUGGUCGAGUUUAUUGUGGGCCGUGUCUUGCGUUUGAUGGUGCUACCCAGUUUGGCAGCGUAGGGUUCAAUGAUUGGAAAAACGCUCAUAGUCGGGUCGCGCAACACGAGAAUUCCUCAACCCAUAAAUCGUGCAUUUUGAAAAUGAAGCAGAGAGGAAAUGUUCUCGGUCGAAUCGAUCAGCGGCUCACAGCACAGCUUAAUGAGGAAACAACGUAUUGGAGGAAUGUUUUAAAACGUGUAGCGGCAACUAUAAAAGCUUUAGCAUCUAGAGGACUACCAUUCAGAGGUCAUGACGAAAAGUUCGGUUCGGCAAAUAAUGUAAAUUAUUUGAUGUCUCUGGAGCUACUGGCUGAAUUUGAUCCAUUUCUGGCUGAUCAUAUUUCGAGGUAUGGCAAUCCGGGUAGUGGACGUACAAGUUAUAUGUCGUCGACGAUUUGCGAUGAAUUUAUCAAACUAAUGGCCGAUACAGUGCUUCGUACUAUCGUAAGUGAGAUCAAGUCAGCGAAAUACUUCUCCAUGAUCAUAGACUCUUCACCAGACAUAUCGCAUGUUGAUCAGUUAACGUUCGUAAUCCGUUACGUUCAAAAUGAUGGUUCGCCGAUCGAGCGCUUCCUUCAAUUUAUCCCCAAUACAGGUCAUAAAGCGCAAGAGAUGACAGACGCUGUCACUUCAGCCCUGAAAAAAUUUGAAAUCGAAAUCUCGAACUGUCGUGGUCAGUCAUAUGACAAUGCUUCCAAUAUGUCCGGCGUUUACAACGGACUGCAGGCACAAAUAAAAAAACUGUCCCCGGAAGCAGCGUAUAUUCCCUGUGCAGCUCAUUCGCUAAAUCUUGUUGGGCAAUCGGCAGCAGAAAGUUGCGAAGAAGCUUGUUGGUUUUUCGGACUUCUGCAAGAAGUGUACAAUUUUUUUACUGCAUCAACACAUCGCUGGGAGAUCUUAAAAGCUCAACGUCACUCCAAAGAAGAGUUGAAAGCGGGAUCAGGGACAAGUACCGUAAAAAGCUUGUCGACAACUCGUUGGUCUGCUCGUGCAGAUGCAUGCAAAAGUUUGUUGGAGUCUUGGCACGAAAUUUAUACAGCGCUGUACACCUUCGAAAAUGAUUCAACCGAAAAACCGAUCAGUCGAUCUGAAGCCAAAGGAAUUCGAUUGAAAUUGGACCGAUUGGAGACGGCAUUCAUGACCGUUUUUUGGGGUUUCCUACUCAAUCGGUUGAAUAUUGCUAAUAGAAAAUUGCAGGCUGUAAACGUUGACAUAUUUACCGCUAUUCAGAUUUACGACUCAUUAAUCGGUCUCAUGUGCGAAACUCGGAAUAACUUCGAUGAAUAUGAGAAAAAAGCGCUGAACCUGUCUGAAACAGGAGAAUAUGAAAAAGAACUGAAGCGCAAAAGAAAACGAAAACUCCAUUCUGACGAGUCGGCCGAACAAACGGAAAUGAGUGGUCGGGAAAAAUUACGGGUCUCCACGUUUUUGGUCAUCAUAGAUAAACUUCUUUGCGAGCUUCGAAAACGACGACAGGCAUAUCAGCAAUUUCACGACAAAUUUUCGUUUCUUACAAAUCUGACGAAUCUAAGCCCAGCUGAAGUAAAAGAGAGGGCUGCAGCAUUAUAAAAUAUUUACGCUUCUGAUCUUGAAGAGGAUUUUGUAGAAGAGUGCCUGCACUUUCGCUGCCAGUGUUUUUCGAGCCAAAGCCAAAUUGACACGCCGAUGACAUUAUUAAAAUGGCUUCAUGAUGACGAUCUCUACAGCAUUUAUCCUAACGUUGAUAUAGCUCUACGCAUGUGUGUUUGUAUCCCAAUUACGAACUGUUCCGGUGAACGAAGUUUCUCGUGUUUGCGGCGAGUGAAAAAUUAUUUGCGCUCUAAAAUGAACGAGGGCAGGCUGAAUGCUCUGGCUAUCCUUUGCAUCGAAUCGGAAUUGCUACGAUCAUUGGAUUGUGAUGAUUUGAUUAACAUUAAUUUUGCUACUCACUGAUAAAAAUGGUAUACAUCAGUAUCUAAAGACACUGAUUGAGGUAAUAUUAUCAUUUACAGAUACUUUCGUUAUUUUUGAAUUUUAGUUCUUACAUAUUCAUAUUAUUAUUCAAUUUUUCGUGCUUUACAGGGAGUGGGGGUGGGGGGAGGGCGCCAAUUUUACAUAGGCCUAGGGUGGCCAGCGUAUCAAAUCCGCCCCUGAUAUCAACAGUAUAGUUUAUUUUUCUAUUUUGUUUUCUCCCGGGCAUAAUCAACGCUUUGGAAUAAAGCAACAAAACAAGAGCUGUAUACACCGAAACCAAAAGUGCAAACGGUAAAUAAGACGGUCUCGUACGCACUGAGUGCGUAUGAUAGCAUUUACAACUUCCUAAACCUAGCUAUGAAAACGGAACCCAGUUUGCAUAUCUUUAAAGAGUGUACCCGUUCGUGCAAGCGAGAUUACUCAUUGGUAGUGAUGUCACCAAAUCACAGAAUCAUACAAAAAUUUGGGUACAGUGCCUUGGAAAAUGCUCUCAACUUCUGGCCGCAACUCACAAAAUUACCAUGUUUCAACAAGGAUUGCCCUGGGAAAAUGACCCGAAUAAAUCGACUGGGUGUGCAUUUGCUCAUUGAUGCAGAUGUUCGCGUUUGUACCACAGACUUGCACGGCGUGCGAUCUAAUCUGGAAAAUUUUCCAACCGUUUUAAAACUGAAAGAUGAUGAAGAAAAUGAAGUCCUGUACCGAUUGAUUGGUAUAGUUGCUUACAUGGCAAACCAUUUCACCGGAUAUUCAUUUCGGAACAUGAAGAAAUGGGAGUGCUCUAACGAUUUGGAGCAAAACACAACACCUGCAUCGGCUAAGACAGAUGUCUUACCGCAUCUCAUCUUGUACAUUAGAACAACAGAAAUGUGAUUUCUAUAGAGUGUAGAGCAUUACUCGAGCUAAAAGUGUCUCGUAUCUCAUACUUUCUUUCAUGGGGCUCCAAGUCCAUAGCCUUCGUGUACAAUAAUCAACUUCCCUCGUUUAUCAAUGAUCUCUUUGCUGUGAUAGCAAUUAAUGCCUUAUUCCUUAUAUCCUCUCAUAUCAUCUCAUAUCAGGUGUAAAUAUAUCUAUAAAAUGGUAAAUUAUAGAGUUAUACAGUUGAUUCAUGGCAAUACAUCGACAGUGCUUUUCUACGAGUCACGCAAAAACGGUGAAAGAAUUGAAAGAAAGAAAAAAAGAAUAUUUCUGAUUUUUCCGUUCGACGCACUAUAUAUAUUCUUGUUUUCAACGUAUUUAUAUAUUUUUUUUAUGCUACCUUUGAAUGCAAAAAAAAUGAAUAGCUAUAAGAGUUUAAAAGAUGUUGAAUAUUAAGAAAUAUCAGAUUAUGUACAACGUUGAUUUUAGUGUUUACAAAACAUUUCAAUUACGUUUAAAGUUGUCUAAAUUGUUAGACGUCAUGUCAAAUAAAAAAUUUCACAAAUCUUUAAAA